ACAAUUUUAUGGGCGAAAAUUAUUUUUACUGAUUUUUCGAUUGCCAAUAUUAGCUGUUGAUUUGAUUAUGCAAGAAACGUUUGCAGAAGUGGAUUGGACUCUUGAACGAAUGGUUGUUUUAGCGUGUGGUCAUAUUCUAAAAAUUGUCCACAAUGCCGUGCUCCAAUUAAGAAUAUAUAUCGUUACGGAAGAGCAACCAAAAAAACAUGUUUUGGAUAUACAAAACAAAAAAUUUUUAAUGAAAUGUGAAUACCAAUUGAAAGAACAAAACAGAAGUAUUAAGAAUGCUACAGCACAACUAGAAAAUAAGCGAAAGAAAAUUUUGGAUGAAAUUAAAAUGCCUCCGAAAGUUAAAAAAAAAAAAGAAAUGAACAUUAUGGAAAAAGAUUCUUCAUUUCAAGCAAUUCCAGAAGUUAUACCAACAGAACAAUACAUAUUACUUGAAAAAUAUCAUAUCCCGACAUCGCAUGAAGAAAGAUGGAAUAAUCAUAUAUCCGUGCUUCUAGCCAUAUAUCGAAAGUUGAUGCGAUUAAUGUUGGCGACUAAGUCUCCUCCAUAUAAAUUAGCAUACGAGGCUGCA